AUGUUCAAAUUCUACCCAUCCGACUUCUUCCACUUCGAGUUCCUCCGAGUGCUGGCCAGCGCGCCCGCCGGCGGGGCCGAGACAGGCGAGUGCCUGGCGGUGCUCCCGCAAGUGGCAGACGGGGACGCCGAGGCGUGGUACCGGGCGUGGACGGCGCAGGCGCAGCAGGCGCGGGGGCUGGGCGACGAGGCGCUCGUCUCCGGGGACACGCUCGCCGCCUCGGGGGCCUACCUGCGCGCCAGCAACUACUUCCGCGCCAGCGAGUUCUUCCUGCACACCCGGCCGGACGACCCGCGCUUGCUGGCGGCGAUCGAGCAUAGUGUCGCCGUGUUCGACAAGGGGGUGGAUCUGCUGGAUACAUGCACGGUGGCGCGGGUGGAGAUUCCGUACGAGGAGGAGAAGGGGGCUGCGCCGCUGCCGGGCAGGUUGUAUCUCCCUCGGUCGGGUGCCGCGCAAGCAGGCCAAGGCCAACGCCAAGGCAAAGGCAAGCUGCCGCUCCUCAUCAUGACCGGUGGGUUCGACUCGACGCAGGAGGAACUGUACUUCUUCGGGCCGGCGGCUGCACUUCCGCGCGGCUACGCGGUGCUCACCUUCGAGGGACCGGGCCAGGGCAUCUGCCUCCGCCGCGACGGGCUGCGGCUGCGCCCGGACUGGGAGCACGUGACGACCAAAGUGCUGGAUGUGGUGGAGAGCCAGCUGGCUAAGGACUAUCCGAUCGACUUGGAGAGGGUGGCAGUGGUCGGCGCCUCGCUGGGCGGGUAUUUUGCUCUGCGGGCGGCGGCGGACCCGCGCGUGCGGGCGUGCGUCUCGUGCGAUGCGUGCUACGAUCUCUUCGACGUGACGCGCAGUCGCAUGCCCGGGUGGUUUAUCAAUGGGUGGCUGGGCGGGCGGCUCAGCGACGGGUUCUUCAACUGGGUGGUCAAUAGACUGGCCGGGUGGAGUUUCCAGCUGCGAUGGGAGUUCGGCCACAGCAUGUGGGUGUAUGGGGUGGAGACGCCGGCGGAGGUGAUGCGCUGCAUGCAGCAGUACCACGCCAGGGGAUUUUUGCAGAAGGUCAAGUGCAGUACGUUUGUGACGGGGGCGGCGGAUACAUUCUACUUUACGCCAAAGCAGAAUACGGAGCCGAUCUUCGAGGCGCUGGGGCAUCUCCCGCCGCAGAAGAGGCGGUUGUGGGUCGGGAAGGGGGUCGAGGGGGGUGGGCUGCAGGCCAAGAUCGGGGCGUGGGCGGUGUUUCACCAGAAGAUGUUUGCCUGGUUGGAUGAGCAGUUUGAGAUCAAGCGGGGGACUAUCCAAGCCGCGGCGGCACUAAACAACCUCACCCUCGACGUCCCCCAACCCUUCGCCUUCGGCACGGCCAACAAAUCCCCCGAAUUCCUCCAGAAAUUCCCCACCGGCAAGGUCCCCGCCUUCGAAUCUUCCGACGGCGAGGUGACGCUGGUCGAAUCCGACGCGAUCGCGCAGUACGUGGCGGGGUGCGGGCCCGCGGCGCCGGCGCUGCUGGGCCGCAAUGUCGCCGAGCAGGCGGCGGUGCGGCAGUGGAUCUGCUUCGCGGAGAACGAGGUGUUCCGGAACAUGGCGGCGGUGGUGCUGUGGCGCGUGGGGAUGCGGGAGUACGAUGCGGGAGUCGAUGCUGAGGGGGCCAAAGGGUUGGAGGAGGCGUUGGCGGUGGUGGAGCGGCAUCUUGCGGUGGGUAAGAAGGAGAAGGAGUUUCUUGCGACAGAGGGGGAGUUGUCCUUGGCGGAUUUGACGCUCGCGUCGGCGCUGUUCUGGGCGUUCAUGCAUUAUAUCGAUGAGGAGAUGAGGGGGCGGUUUCCCCGGGUGGUGCGGUGGUAUCUUCGGGUGGUUGGGGCGGAGAGGGUGAGGGAGGUGUUUGGGGAGCCGUGCUUGGUUGCCGUACGGAAGGUGGCUCCUGUUUAG